AUGGCUUGGUCAAUCUGGUAUCAGAGAAAUAAAACUCAACCCCAAGAAAAUCCUCUGCCCCUCUGUAAUAUCAUUGGUUUUGCUAAGAACUACCUCAGCGAUUUUAGGAGUAUGAUUAGACCCUCUGUUCAAAGAAAACGGGAUGUCCCUCGCAAGUGGAUACCUCCAAUAGCAGAUAUGGUGAAGAUUAACUAUGAUGGAGCAAUGUUUGGAGAGUCAGACAUGGCGGGUAUAGGGGUGGUAAUCCAAGAUCACAAGGGUCAAGUGAUGGCUGCCUUAUUCGAGAAGAUUGCAAAACCUCCAACAAUGGAUUUCAUUGAGCUUCUUGUGGCACGGCCUACUAUCUCUUUUUCUGCACAAUUGGGUCAUGUUCAGGGUGUUUGUGAAGGCGAUUCUGAAUCUGUUGUCAACGCCUUAAAGGGAUCCGGUAUGGAAAAUUCUCGAGGGGGGCAUCUCAUCAAGGAUAUUCUAUCUCUUUCAAACUCUUUUCAGAGUAUAUCUUUCGCUCAUGUAGGAAGGCAAGGUAAUGCUGUAGCGCAUGCCUUAGCCCAGCAAGCGAGAUCAUCUCCUUCUUCUCAAGUCUGGUUGAAGUGUGUUCCAACGGACAUUUUGUCUUUUGUUUUGAAUGAUUUUCCAUUUUCUUGA